AGAGAAGGCAGGUACGGGAUACUGAGUUGGAUGAUCAGCCAUGAUCAUAUUGAAUGGCGGAAUGGCCUACUCCUGCACCUAAUUUCUAUGCUUCUAUGUUUCUAUCCUAUCACAGCCAGAGAGCAGUGCUGAACUACUAUCUUCCUCUUUGGUGACAGUCGGACUAUCCUUGAUCAGACUUUGCUGGCUUUAUCUUGCACUAAACAUUAUACCCUUAUCAUGUAUCUAUACCCUGUAAAUGGCUCGAUUGUAUUGUCUUUCCGCUGACUGGUUAGCCUGCAACAAAGGCUUUUAACUGUACCUCGGUACACGAGACAUAAACUAAACCAAUAACCUAAAAUAACAAGUUAUUUCAUUGGUGAUGUCCUUGUUGCUUUAUGAUGUUGUGAAUGUCUCCCUGUGUAGUGGGUACAUAACAGUGGGAGACCAGGACUACACCAUCGACCCAGUGAAUGCCGGCAGUAAGAAACACAGAGUGAGCCGCUCACAACACAUCCGGACAAAGAGGCAGCUCCUGCCCUCCUCCUCCAACCUUGUGACUCACAACAGCAACUUCAGCAUUGAACUCUACCUGGUGGCAGACAGAGAGGAGUUCAUGCAAAAUGAUGGCGACCUGAAAAAGACCCAGGAUCAUUUAAUUACUCUCGCACAUCACGUCAAUCAGAUUUACCAGAAACAGUUAAAUAUCCAGAUCUUUCUGGUCGGCAUUGAAGUCUGGACAAUCGCAAACAAGGUUUUUUCCAGCGAGGAUACAGCAGAGGCCUUGGAAAACUUCAUGCAAUGGAGAACGAAGGAACUUGUGCCCAGGAAGCACCAUGACAAUGCCCAGCUUGUCAGUGGUGUGCCCUUUCAGAGGUCUCUGGGACAAGCCUACAUGAGCGAGAUGUGUUCAAAGGAGAGAAGUGGAGGAGUUGUCAAGGGUUACCAGGACGGUACCAGAGAGGUAGCUAACUACAUCGCACACGAGUUGGGACACAAUCUGGGAAUGCAUCAUGAUAAACCUAAUUGCCACUGCCCUGUCUCUUCUGGGAGCUGCUUGCUGGCGACAACAGUCACGUAAGGACAAUUAACAUUCAUCUCCUUCCAUUUAAUGAUCUUUUAUAGAGUCAGAGAGUGAUACAGUGUGGAAACAGGCCCUUCGGCCCAACUCGCCCACACCAGCCAACAAUGUCCCAUCUACACUUACCAUACUUGCCUGCGCUUUGUCCAUAACCCUCCAAACCCGUCCUAUCCAUGUACCUGUCUAACUGUUUCUUAAACAAUGGGAUAGUCCCAGCCUCAACUACCUCCUCUGUCAGCUUGUUCCAUACCAAGAUGAGGUGAACUUUUUUCACACAGAGAGUGGUGAAUCUCUGGAACUCUCUGCCACAGAGGGUAGUUGAGGCCAGUUCAUUGGCUAUAUUUAAGAGGGAGUUAGAUGUGGCCCUUGUGGCCAAGGGGAUCAGAGGAUAUGGAGAGAAGGCAGGUACGGGAUACUGAGUUGGAUGAUCAGCCAUGAUCAUAUUGAAUGGUGGUACAGGCUCGAAGGGCCGAAUAGCCUACUCCUGCACCUAAUUUCUAUGUUUCUAUACACCCACCACCCUCUGUGUGAAGAAGUUACCCCUUGGAUUCCUAUUAAAUCUUUUCCCUUUCACCUUGAACCUAUGUCCUCUGGUCCUCGAUUUCCCUACUCUGGGCAAAAGACUCUGUGCAUCUACCCGAUCUAUCCCUCUCAUGAUUUCAUACACCUCUAUAAGAUCUCCCCUCAUCCUCCUAAGCUCCAUGGAAUAGAGACCCAGCCUACUUAACCUCUCCCUAUAACUCACACCCUCUAGUCUUGGCAACAUCCUUGUAAAUCUUUUCUGAACCCUUUUGAGCUUGACAAUAUCUUUCCUAUCACAUGGUGCCCAGAACUGAACACGAUAUUCUAAAUGUGGUCUCACCAACGUCUUAUACAACUGCAACAUGACCUCCCAACCGCUAUGCAAUACUCUGACUGAUGAAGGCCAAAGUGCCAAAAGCCUUUUUGACCACCUUAUCUACCUGCGACUCGACCAUCAAGGAACCAUGCACCUGUACUGCUAGAUCCCUCUGCUCCACAACACUACCCAGAGGCCUACCAUUUACUGUGUAGGUCCUGCCCUUGUUCAACAUCCCAAAAUGCAACACCUCACACUUCUCUGUAUUAAAUUCCAUCAACCAUUCCUCUCCCCACCUGGCCAAUCGAUCCAGAUCCUGCUUCAAUUGAUCACAACCAUCUUCACUAUCUGCAAAACCACUAACUUUUGUAUCAUCAGCAAACUUGCUAAUUAUCCCCUAUAUGUUCUCAUCCAAAUCAUUGAUGUAGAUGAAAAACAGUAACGGACCCAGCACCGAACCCUGUGGCACACCACUAGUCACAGGCCUCCAACCUUCCACCAUCACCCUCUGCUUCCUUCCAUGGAGCCAAUUUGCUAUCCAUUCAGCUAUCUCUCCUUGAAUCCCAUGUGAUCUAACUUUCCAGAGCAGCCUACCAUGUGGAACCUUGUCGAAUGCCUUACUGAAGUCCAUGUACACAACAUCUACAGCUCUGCUCUCAUCAAUCUUUUUGGUCACGUCUUCAAAAAUAUCAAUCAGAUUUGUGAGAUACAACCUCCCACGUACAAAACCAUGCUGACAGUCCCUAAUCAGCCAUUGUCCAUCCAAAUGCCUGAAUAUACUAUCCCUUAGAAUACUCUCUAAUAACUUACCAAUUCCAGAUGUAAAACUCACUGGCCUAUAGUUCCCAGCAUUUGCCCUGCAGCCCUUCUUGAAAGUAGGAACAACAUUUACCACCCUUCAGUCUUCCGGCACCUCCCCUGUAUUUAAGGACGACUCGUAAAUUUCAACCAGGGCUCCCGCAAUUUCCUCUCUAGUUUCCCACAAUGUCCUCAGAUAUAUCAGAUCAGGCCCUGGAGAUUUGUCUACCUUCAAACACGACACUACCUUCAGUACUUCUUCGUCAGUAACCCUUACUGCCCUCAAGACACUUCCAGUGACCUCUCCUCGGUAAAUACAGAGGAGAGAUACUCAUUAAAGACCUUGUCCAUCUCCUGUGACUCCACACAGAGGUGACCGCUUUGAUUCCUGAGAGGUCCCACUCUCUCUCUAGUUUCCCUUUUCCCCCUUAUAGUAAUUGGCCAACUGCAUUAUAGUAAUGAAAGAGUCACAGUUAGAUGCACAGAGUCUCUUGCCCAGAGUAGGUGAAUCGACGACCAGAGGACAUAGGUUUAAGAUACAAAACGAUACGAUGGAACUUUAUCCCAGGAGGGAAAUUGAUCAAAGGUGCAGGGGUAAAGAUUUAAUAGGAAUCUGAGGUAGACAAAAAUGCUGGAGAUACUCAGUGGGUGAGGCAGGAUCUAUGGAGCGAAAGAAUAGGUGACAUUUUGGGUCAAGACCCUUCUUCAGACUGAUGUGAUGUUGGGGGGUGGGGGUGGGAAGAAGAAAGGAAGAGGCAGAGACAGUGGGCUGAGGGAGAGCUGGGAUGGGGAGGGGAAAGGUGAGGCAGAGGUUCACCUGCACCUCCUCCAACCUCAUCUAUUCCAUCCGCCGCUCUAGGUGUCAGCUGCUCUACAUCGGUGAGACCAAGUGUAGGCUUGGCGAUCGCUUCGCCCAACACCUCCGCUCAGUUCGCAAAAACCAACCUGAUCUCCUGGUGGCUCAGCACU